AGCCCACGCACACAGAGAAAAAGAAGCCCAUUCUGACCAACCCCCAACACGCAGAGGCGGAGCUGCAAUUGCAAUCCAUCGGAGAUCUAUCCGCCGCCGCCGUCCCCGCCGCCGGCUGCGCCAUGCUCCGACUCCGCCUCCGAGAGUGCGUCGUUUCCCGUCUCCUCUCUCCUUCCUCCACCUCUGGACCGGCCAUCUCCUCUCUCCACCGGCUCCUCUCCGCAUCGGCAGCCGCCGGCCCCAUUUCUCCGAACCCCGGUGGAUUCGCCGUCGAGGACUACCUCAUCGACACCUGCGGCCUCACCCGGCCCCAAGCCCUCAAGGCCUCCACCAAGCUCUCCCAUCUCAAAUCCCCUGCCAAGCCCGAUGCCGUCCUCGCCUUCCUCGCCGGCGUCGGCCUCUCCGGCGCCGACGUCGCCCCGGUUGUCGCCAAGGACCCGCAGCUCCUAUGCGCCAAAGUGGACAAAACCCUGGCUCCGGUGGUCGAUGGGCUCACCGGCCUCGGCCUGUCGCGUUCCGACAUCGCCAGCCUCGUCUUGCUCGCCCACCACAACUUCCGCUGCAGAUCCAUCGUCUCCAAGAUGCAGUACUAUCUGCCCCUCUUCGGCUCCUGCCACAACCUACUCCGGAUGCUCCAGCGCUCGUCCUACCUUCUCUCGUCGGACCUCGACAAGGUGGUCAGGCCCAAUGUUGUGUUCCUGAGGGAGUGCGGGCUAGGUGAUUGUGAUAUUGCCAAGCUGUGUAUCCGGGAGCCGAGGAUGCUCAUCACCAACCCGGAGCGUGUUCGGGCGAUGGUUGCAUGUGCUGAAAAAUUAGGUGUGCCCUGUGGCUCUGGGAUGCUCAGGCAAGCGCUGCAGGCUGUCGCGUUUCUCAGCGAGGAGAAGAUUGCCGCCAAAGUGGAGUAUCUGAAGAAUACAUUCAGGUGGUCUGAUGCCCAAGUGAGCAUUGCUGUGUGUAAGUAUCCGAUUCUGCUGAGGAAGUCGAAGGAAUCUCUGAAGCGUAGGUCCGAGUUCCUCUUCUCUGUGGUGAGGUUGGAACCCAUGUACAUUGCUGAUCGAUCGGUAAUUCUCGGUCUUAGCCUGGAGGGGCGGAUCAGGCCCCGUUACUAUGUUGUAAAGUUUCUCAAGCAAAGUGGACUGCUAGACCGUGACUGGAGCUUCUGGAGUGCUGUCACGGUGACCGAGAAGGUAUUCGUGGAGAAGUUCAUAUGCCCUCACAAGGAAGCUGCACCACACCUCGCCGAAGACUAUGCAACUGCUUGCAAAGGGGAGGUGCCGACUAGUAUCAUAUUUAGAUGAACCAGGAACAGGCUAUGAAAAUAGGUUACUCCGUAUGUCGCAACAAAGUUUCCACUUGGUAGAGUAAGCUGGCAAUUCCUGCUUUGGUGUACUUUGGCUAUAUGGAUAUUUAUGUCUUAAGUAUGCCCGUUACAUGCUACUUUGGUCAUUGCUAACUCCUUCUGAAAUUGGUAAUUUGAUUCC